GUUGGUGACGUGGAUGGAGAAUGGUUAUCUGACAAGUCGGAGGAAGUUAUCGGGUGAGCCGAAGGCGAAUCCGAUAAGAUCCUUCGACGAGCCAGAUAACCAUUCUCUAUCCACGUCACCAACCUAUUAUUCUAUUUAUCCUGUCACAUGUACAACAUUGGUUGAAAUGCUUCUAAAAUAUAUAGUUUUCCAGUAUUUUGUGUUUAAAUAUUUAAUAUGGGAAAAAACACGCCGCAGCAAAAACAUUGUGACGGCACGUCAUGCAAAACGCUUAGGCUAGCUUCCGUCUUGUUAAACAACACAGAAAUCGAGUCAAUCGUUAUUAAUUCAAUACACAAAGACGAAAUUAUGCUGUUAAAAUAAUAAUUUUUAAACAAACAGUACUUUACACGUAUGUUGUAUUUUUUUUAAUUGAAAACAAGUGUAUUUUAUAAAUAGAAAAUAGUACAGGCGUGCGCAUGCGCGGACAGCAACUGACGGAUAUUCGAGGUCACGUGGUCAUCUAGCCUAAUAUCUUUUGGGAUAUAAUGUUACCUGGUUAUCGGGCUGAUUUAAAGGCAUGUGACAGGAUAAAUACUGAUAAUAAGAACAUGAUGAAUUGACAGCAGGUGUAUAAAAUAAACAAGUUAAUCAAUAAACUUGUCUCUCUGUGUCGUCUCGACUAUAUUCGGUUAUCGUCAGCGUAACAUCUAAAACAUAUCAAUAAACCUCUACUGAUAAAUAUGGCUCAUAUCCCAGUUUGACAAGGUUUUUAACUUCCUCUUCACUUUUUUCACACAGUUAACGUAAGUGAACUGUUUAUUAAUCUUCACCAGAGUGUUGAAUAAAAAAUGGACUUACGAGUUCUCUGUGUGUUUGUUGCAGUGGCAUAUGUCAAUGUUAUUGCUCGUAUAAUGUGUAAUUUCCAACGGAAGAGUUGGACGCUUGCAAUGCAACACUGCCUCAAUCUUAGUGGUACUCCAGUAAGUUAUAAUUCCGUUCCGUCGCUUACCAGAUGGCAUUUGAAUGGAACGUUUUGGACUUCAGACUAUGCAACCCGGAUUCCGACUUCAGAUAAUCCAGUCGAUUGUGAGUACCGAACGCUUGCCAAAGGCAAUACGUUAAGCGAGUCAACGUUCGGCAAUUGUUUAGAAAUAAGGCAUUACAUUUGUUGCGACAACAUCAUGAUAAAAUCAUGUGUAAAGAAUGGGACGUGGAGAGAAGCGUCCAAAUGUACUGAAAACUACCCAAUACCACCAGAAAAGCUACCAAACGGUGAUUACUGGUUGAGAGGUGCAUACGGCAACCAGCUGUACACAUUUACAGGUGGACUUCCGAACAGCAUUGACCGAUGUGGGAUAUUGGGCAUUGAUGGAAACCCCCAGUUUGUCAGUAAAGCUAACUGUGCAACUUCGCAGUAUUCUUUUUGUGAAGUUGAUAAUUACACCAGAAGUGAACUUUCAGUGUGCGGAUCAACUAAUGUAACAAAUCAGUCAUUCACAAAUGCCCCAUCGUUUGCUUCAUACAAGCAAGAAACACUUACCACAACAAUCAUGCCAAUCAACGAGAAUACGUCGACAGAAUCAAUACUUCCUAACAAUUCUUCAAGCUCAUCAGUGAGCAGAUCACUUAUUGUAACAACGCAGCCUUCUUCAAAUAUCACACUGUUUGGUUCACAAAACACAGAAAGAUUAACAGUACAAAUCAUGCCAAUCAAUGAGAAUACAUCGACAGAAUCUAUAGUUCGUAGCCAUGCUCAAAGUUCAUCAGGCUCCGCUCUUGGCAUCAGUCUAGGUGUGAGCUUCAGCAUUGUGGUCAUCGUAAUAAUUACCACCUUCGGAGUCUGCGUUUAUAGAAGAAGAUAUAGGCGUAAACCCCAAAAUAAGCAAGUGUCCGUUCAAAUGAACGCAUUAUAUGACGUCAGUAGCCAAAAUGAGACGCCUAGAAAACCAGAGCACCAAAAUGAAAGUUAUGAGUACGCAGUUCCAAGUCGGCUGCGGAAAAACGACAUUAACCAACGUGGAGUAAAGGGUAUUGAACAUGAAAUUGCUGACCUUAAUGCUUAUAGUAAAGUAAUACCAAGGACAAAAAGGAACGUGAAUACGAUGGAUUUGCAGUCUAGAAAAGAAAAUAACACCGGCUUUUCUGGUGAUGCCACUGUAAUUAAAGCUGAAAACGCGGUUGAAGCGAGUAACGAGUAUGAUUUCUCUGCCACAACGGAACCAAUCAACAUGAACGUGUAUGGCCAUCUUUGUAGCCAUGAUCACGAUGACGCAUACGACGUCGCUUCGUGUACUCAAAAACAGCAGACGCAAGAAGGAAUGAAUGAUUACGAUAGACUAGAUAAACGUUCUUUACAAUAACAAUGAACACCGACACUUUCUACAUUUUAAUUGCAGUCUUCUUUGGUGUUUGAUAAUUUAUAUAUUUAAAACGAGACUUUAAGCUUGAACAAAACUUUUUGUGUUCUACUUUAAUGUGCAACUGUCUGAAUAAUGAUUACAUUUGAAUCGAAGCAUGUAGCGUUAUUUGUCUCAAUAAUCUGCUCAUGCAUUGAAUGGUUGAAACUUAAUAACCAUUUCGAGUGGCGAAAUCGGUAAAGAUCACACCAAACUUUGAUAUUUCUACUCAAGGUUAUAUUCAGUUAAUAUCAUCUGUUUUGGUUGUUGCUUUUUACACUUAAGCGAUAAUGUUUUAGUUGCUUCAUCCAAUAAAAUAUAUAAUAUUGUAAAAUAUAGGGAUGCAAGAGGUUAACCGGUUAACCGGUUAACCUACCGAAACGACCAGUUAACCGGUUACAUUUUCGGAAAAAGGUUAACCUGGAAAAAAAUAUUUGAAUUUUUUUUCUCAUGGAAUAAUUCGUACGAUUUUACUUUUUUCGCGUGACAUACUGCCAACUUGCGCUGGCGACUAGUUAGAACAACAUGCCGCACGAUCGACGGUAAUAAAUAACGUGUCAACAAUCAAAGUAAUAAAACAAUUAAUCAAUACCUUUGUGAUAACAAACAGGCAGUACGUUUUGAUAACUGACACUAUAUUUUUUUUUUGACUCGCUUAAAUUUAACUAGCGAACUGCGGUGAGUGGGAGCUAUUAGCGAAGACGUAAUUGACACGUUUAUUGAACUCGCGAUAAAAAAAACAGUUGAGACAUUAGACGGCUUAUUUUGAUGUUUUGUUUACCAAUACCCAACACUGAUUGCUCGCAAAAAUACCGUGUUUAUAAGUAACAUUUUUAUCAAGAAUUGCAUCCGUAGUUGAAAUCUUUACGAGUUAACGUGCUUUUGUUUAUCAAAAAUUAAUAUAAUUAUGAUAAUAUUUCGUCUAAUGAUUCCACCAUUACCGUCCGAUGAAAGUGUUAUUAAAGAAAGCAAAUUAUUAACUUAUUAAAUAAUUAAACAUCAAUUAAAAAUAGAUACAAAAUAAAACCGUUGAAUUUAGUAUUUGUGUAAUUGCUUAAAAUUUUCGCGCUAUGGUACGUUAACAAACAUACGUAACUAUCAGUAUUUGAGAUCAUUAUACUUAGUUACUUCGCUAUUAAAUAAAUGUACUGAUUAUAUUAAACAUUCAACUUACGUAUCGUGCAAAAUUAAUUUAAUUUGCAUCUGUGUUCUUUAUUUUACCCACAUUUUUUAAUUGUAUAAUGAAAAUCAAACGAUACUACUUCGGCUACAAACGCUCAAAUGCAAACAACAAAAUAUGUAAGUAUCGAAUAAGAAGAGAUGCGAAUUCGUUGGACACACAUGACCCACUUUACAGCGAAUAGAAAGGUAAAAACGUUUCUAUAUUAAGCCAAUUUGAGUUUCAAAAAUUAAAACAGAAUGAACACACCAUUUUUGUGAGCGAUACGACGCGAACGCAAAAUAAGCGGCCCAACCAAAAAUAAGUUAUUAACACGUGAAAAUGAACAUUGUGUAGUUUUUAAAUUUUUUACCCCUGUGCAUGUACGCAGGAAAACUAAAUAAAAUAUAUAGCAUACAUUUACAAAAUUAUUAAAAUAAAAUGUACAAUACAUUUUAUUACGAAACUGGCAUGUUAUCAACGCAAGCGAUUUCAAAUUUGAAAUAACGUUUGUUUCUACAGAGCUGUUCGAGCGGUAUGAAAUUUUUUACGUACUCUAAAUCAUUUUCACUACUUAAGGCGUUUCGGUUAACCGGUUAAUAACCGGUUACGGGAAAAGGUUAACCGGUUAAUGAUUUUUGUAACCUCUUGCAUCCCUAGUAAAAUAUAUUGUAAGAUAACCUUAAUAUUAUUUCCGUGUAUGCUUGCACUUGACUUGUUUUGAUUCGUAUUUCUUCAACUUGUCGGAUAUAUUCAAGUACACAAAUAUAUGAACCUUAUGUCUCUAUAUGGCGAACAAAAAUUGUGAUCGUCAAAAUAUUAGGAUAUCCGGAUAACAACAAGUGUUUAUGGAUAGUAAGUUGGUUCAUUUUUCCUAGUGUAACGUAACAGCACCGUUAUUGUUUAUUCAUAUAACAUAAAUAUUUUUUUAUUGUUAAUAUGAUAGAAAUUUGCUUACAGAUAAUAUAAAUAAUGUGAUAGGAAUGUGUAAGUACAUUUAAUUAUCAUAACUGUAUGUGAGAAUUAUCAAGAUAUGUUUUAAUAAUAUGACAAAAUCAUGUAUGCAUGUCAGAAAUUAAAUAAAUGUUUGAAUAAUGUAAGAAAAUGUUAAAAGUUUAUUUACCUAAAUAUUUAUAAAUAAAAUAACUGUUGUAAUUAAUGAUACAUCUUAUAUCAUAAUAAUAAGGAAAAUAUUUGAAUGUUAAAAACAAUAAUAACAUAAAUGAAAUUUGGAAAUUUAAUAGUAAAUCUUUGUGAUAGAGUGGCCAUGAUGAUAGGAUUUGAAAAUUACUAUUUCUCGCAAGUAGAAACAUGACAUAUCUUUGCAUUCAUUGUAAAGUAGACUAAAUCAACAAUUUGAAAGGUUAAAGAUAGUAUAUUUAGAUAUGAGAAUCUGCCUCUUAGAGACGUAUAUUUAAUAAGGCUUCCAAUUGAUAAAAUAGUCAACAGUAUUGAUACAGGAAUUCUAAUCUUAUUAGAUUCUUUCAUAUACCCAUUGCAAUCUUAUUCAACUAUAAGAUUACAUUAAAACUUUCCAUCACCACAAAUAAUCAAAUCAAAUGUCUGGAGGGAUUAAAUGGGUACACGCACAAAUAAGUUGGUUACUUUACUCAUGGGGGAGUGUCCUGUAGAACAGUAAUCGAACAACCAAUCGGCAAUUAACAAAUAGCAAGAGAAUUCUAUGACCAAACCAAUUACAAGUCAACAAGUAGUCAGUGAAACACUAAUAACAAAUCAAAGUUAUAAUUGAGUUUUAUGCAAUUAACCUGUAAAAAAAUGUAGAUGUGUUGUCAGAAUAAAAGACUCAGAUUUCGAGGUGAACGGAUCGAGAUAGAUCCAAUCAUGUAGUUGUCAGACUGUACUUAUAUAUUUGAAAAUAUGAAUUAUAUUAGAUAUUAAAUUUGACUGGAAUUUA